AAACGGGCCCGGGGUUGGUGUUUGUAAACUUGCCUCGGUCCCGGCGGGGGCAGCGCGGCCGCGGGCUUGGCACGGUGCGCUGCUGCCUGGAGGAGGCGCCUCGCGGUGGGGAGACGGCGGGGGGCCGUGCACGGCAGGUUUCUGGAACAGACCUAGAGCUUCAUCAAAAGAAUUCAACUGGAAAACCAAGACUGGCACACUCUCGUCUUCAGACAAUAGGCAGAAGUCAGUCAGAGACCACGGAUUCUUGAAACACCUGGUUUCCCUUUGGAGGACACUAAAUUCUUUCGGAAGACAAAGGCAGUUCAAUAUGGCAAAUGGACUGAAAGGACAGGAAGGAGCCAUUACUGUGAUUUGGUGACAGUUCUUCAAAUAACAGUGUGUUAAGGAAAACUGGAUAAAGAACUCCUGAACUUUUGGGUUCAUUAAGUGAAUUAUCAGCAUGGCUCAGGUAAAAAGCUCUAGAGUCCUCCUUCAAGAUCAUUCACUGGGAAGCCUGUUUGCAAUGUCACUCUUGAAUGCUGCCUUAGUCAACAAUAUUGACCAUCCCCAGUGAGCCGAGCUCUGUAUUAAGCGCCAGGGGGAGAUCUAGAGGAAGGAAAGGAGACAGGCCACAGCCCCUGCCUUCAGGGAGCUUCCAGUCAAAUGAAGGAGGCAAGUCUUCUGGCUUGUGAAGGCCUAGCAGGUGUGAGUUUGGUUCCCACUGCAGCCAGCAAGAAGAUGAUGCUGAGCCAGAUUGCCAGCAAGCAGGCCGAGAAUGGCGAGCGGGCAGGUAGCCCUGAUGUGCUGAGGUGCUCGAGUCAGGGCCACCGAAAAGACAGUGAUAAAUCCAGGAACCGCAAAGAUGAUGACAGCUUGGCUGAGGCCUCUCAUUCAAAAAAGACUGUUAAAAAGGUGGUGGUAGUGGAACAAAAUGGUUCUUUUCAAGUAAAGAUUCCCAAAAAUUUUAUUUGUGAACACUGCUUUGGAGCCUUUAGGAGCAGUUACCACCUCAAGAGGCACAUCCUUAUUCACACCGGUGAGAAACCAUUUGAGUGUGAUAUAUGUGAUAUGCGCUUCAUCCAGAAGUACCACCUGGAACGCCACAAGCGUGUGCACAGUGGUGAAAAGCCUUACCAGUGUGAACGAUGUCAUCAGUGUUUUUCUCGGACAGAUCGAUUACUCAGACACAAACGGAUGUGCCAAGGAUGCCAGUCCAAGACUUCUGAUGGGCAGUUUUCUCUAUAGGCGCAAGGGGUCCUGGGUGGUGGGAGUGAUCAGAAAAAUUUACCGAAGAGCAUCCCCCUCUGCUCUGAUGGUCCCACCACCGCCCCCUCUGAACCUGUCCCCCUUCCUAAAGGAGUGGACCCAGGAGACCAGAAGAAAGUGGCUCCAGAGCCUCAGCUCUGUGUAUAGUCUGUGACUAUGAGUAUCUCGGGGAAGUUGUUACAGCAUUCCUGGGCAGGGGAGCUAGUCCCUGGACUCUUGGCUGAGGUCAUAGUUGGGGACUCAAGGUACAGGACCAAGACUGAAGUGUGGUUCCCACAACCUUCGACUUGAACUGGCAGCUGAAAUGGAAAAGAUUGGGGGGAGGGGAUUUGUUUGUUCGCUCUUGUUUUUGUUUAUCCAAAAGCAAUUUCAGCAGGUAAACUGUGGAUACAGGUAAUCUGGUGGCAUAAAGUCCUUGUCUAAAACAGGGACUUAGAGCUGGACCAGCCUUUCCGCAAAUUUGAGUUUUUAGUUACAGUAGAUCCUCAAUGUUCCACAGCCCUGCAUCUUACCUCCUGUUUGAAAAACAGGACCAGGGAUGGCAGCUGAGCUUACUUAGCUUUCCUAUACACUGUAGGGACAUAAGGAAAAACAGUGGGAGAAACACGUGGGCUGGACCCAAGUAUACCUUUUAUCUCUUCAAGAAGAGCAGUGUUGUGCCCAGGGGUGUUAUCUCGGCCCAUACCAUACUGGUGCCUGAUGAGGUCAGCCCAAGUGCCUUUUGGAGGAAACUUGGGUGGGGUGGCCUGGGUAGCCCUUUUUCUCUGGGCAGUUGGUCUUGGUUAUGGUUUGUGGCUACCUCACUGUUCUUGACUCCAAAAGCCAGACAGCAGUGUUGAGUAGGGAGUUCUGGUGUCAGAAUGGGCUGUCCCCUUGUGCCCUCUUAGAACUACAACUGUUUGAGGAACAAAGGAACUUAAUGGCCCUUGCUUGAGUGUUGAAUGAUAGGCCUUUCUUCCUGCCCACGCCCAUGUCUUGUGACUGUAUUCAGGUAGAGGAGAUGGAGGUCUGGGCUUUUGUCCCAAAGAACAUGAUCUUGGUUUCCUCCUUGAUGACCCUACCUACCCAAUGGGGAGGAGGGAUACGACAGAGGAAGGACUGCAAGAAGACCCCUAAUGUGUCUGCUUUAUUCUUAUCCUUGCUCUGCUCCAAUACCCCCCAUCCUGUGCACCCCUGAAAAAGUGAUCAGGUCUGUUUCUGUGAUUUGUGUUUGUGUAUGUUUGCUUGGAGGGGAUGGCAAAUUAGUGAAUCAGAUUUAUUUGGUCAUCAAUAAGAGGACAGUGAGUAUAACAUAGCCUUCCCAACAGACCUGAAGGGGGCCUGUGCCCCAGAGGUGACUGAGAAAGGAGCAGAGGGGCUUUGUUCCAGGAGUGGCUUUUUGUUUUUAAGAUUGAUUUCAGUCUACUGGUUAGGAUGUUUCUAAGCCAACACUUGUGAACAUGUAGUUUCUAAAGUGAAACUCUUCUUCCUGCUAAAGAAAGGAUCCUUAAGGGAGGUUCUGGGGUUUGAUUGAGCACCAUCUCACCCCUGGUUGCCUGCCCAGACCCUAGGGAUAGGGAUAGGGAUGGGGGGUUGCCUCAGGUGUUAUCAUGGAGACUGAGCCUGAGCACCCAGCUGUAACUGUUGGCUGUAGCCUCUUCCAUUGUAUAAGGAGGGUACUCCAUACCUGUAGGGAAGGAGGACACCAGGGAAAAAGUGAGAUGUGGCACCCUUUAGCUUUUCUCUGGUGGUAUCUGAGAGCCUUGGUGGGGGGAGCUAGGAAUGUUUACUGCCACAUGUUCUAGCUUUGUGCUGUAACUCAUUUGAUAUGCUCUAGAACCUGUACCUCAGUCUUUAGAUCCACUGUGGCCCCUGCAAGCAGGGACAUCUUUCUGCAUGUAAACCAGCCCCUUUCCUCUUCAAGGGUUCUGCUGGGGCUGGGAUUUUCUUAUCAUUCAACUCUGGGAAAGAGGAUACAUUAAGAAAGAUAUCCUCCCAAAAGUGCUUCUGAAAGUGGGACCCCUCCAUGCCACUUGCAGGUGAUCUGUAUGUGGGGAGAGAGUUACAUAAGUAACCUGUGUCUCUACAUAUGUGAAUGUGUACUGGUCAGAGUAGGCCCUGCAGAUCUUGGCUUCCUGCCUGGGUAUAAACUGGGAGGGAAAGAAUUGUGUGUAUAGAUGGCCCAACUAGAACUAUCACCCUGCCAAGGCCUGGGUGUGGGAAGUUCCGGAGCCAGCAGUGGUCCACUUUUUCAGGGCCAGUGGGUAUGAGGAUAGACAGGCUAUGAGGUAAAGAUCAGUUGAACACUCAAAGGGCUCAGGAGCCACAUCUCUACCCCAGGGAAACCACAGACAGCUGCAAAGGUUCCUGGGCCUGAUGCCCCACUUCUCAGGGGUGGGGCUAGCACUGGGGAUCCCUCAGGUGUGCAUUGAGGGGAAAUGGAGAUAGGACAGGUGCUCAGAGACAAAGAUGUGAAUUUGGGGAGCUGGGGAAGAGUAUCAGUUCUGCCUGUGUUCCAAUGGGCUUAUUCACCAGACCCUACCAAUCUUGCCCUUCCCCAGUGCCCCAUCUCCGUCGACCCCUAGCAGUUUCUUUUCGUCACUUAGCUACUGAUUGUGCCCCAUGGCUUGACAUUGGAGUGUUAGAUGAGUGGAGUCCCACCACAGGGUUUAUGCCUUUCCCUCAGGCAUGUGCUGCCUCUGCUAUGGCACUGGGGCUUUUAUCGUCAAUCCCCUCCUACCUUGCUCCACUUUUUUUUUUUUUAAUAUACUUAUUUUGCUAUGGGGGAGGGGACUAUCUAAUGAACAAGAUCACUUUUAAAUGGUAGUUUUUAUAAGAUGUUAUAAACUCGUAUCUUUUUACCAUUAAA